CCUGAAUGCAGUAGCAGUUGCCUCAAAGCUGCUGCAAGUGCUGCCGACAGCUUAACCUGCCUUUGUCCGAAAUUCAUGCAUUAAGAUGCACCAAGAACUUGCCCAAAUGCACCACCCCCACCAUACGCAUAUAUCAUACUUUCAUUCUAUCUAUAAAACCACCUUCAUCCUUUGUGUGUUAUCACCAAACUUUCCCUUAAAACAAACAAAAGCUGCUUUUGACAUCACCAAGAAACAGAUAAACAUACACAACCUCAUCAGCAACCUUGAACACAAAGGCUCAGUUUGAUUCAAGCAAGCAAUUCAUUGCAUAUAGUGAUCAUUGAAAUUCAGCUAAAGACUCUCAUUUGGCAAGAAAUGGAAGGCAUGAUCAUGGCCCAUGAAAGUGAUCUAAACUUGAAGGCAACUGAACUGAGAUUGGGCUUACCAGGCACAGAUGAAUGUGAGGAGAUGGUUUCUGCUGCCAAGAAUAACAAGAGAGCCUCGCCGGAGUCGGUUGAAGAAUGUGGAUCAAAGGGCACUUGUGCUGCGAAGUCCAGUGAGCAUGAGACUGCACCAGCACCCAAGGCACAGAUAGUUGGGUGGCCACCAGUGAGAUCCUACAGGAAAAACAAUCUCCAGCCAAAGAAGACAGAAUCUGAAUCUGGGAUUUAUGUGAAAGUGAGCAUGGAUGGAGCACCUUACCUCAGGAAGAUUGAUCUGAAAGUUUACAAUGGAUAUCCUGAGCUGCUUAAGGCUUUGGAAACCAUGUUCAAACUCACCAUAGGUGAAUACUCAGAGAGGGAAGGCUAUAAAGGAUCUGAAUAUGCACCUGCAUAUGAGGACAAAGAUGGUGACUUGAUGCUUGUUGGAGAUGUUCCAUGGGACAUGUUCAUGUCGUCCUGCAAGAGACUGAGAAUCAUGAAAGGAUCAGAAGCUAGAGGCUUGGGUGGUGCUCUAUGAGAAACACCUGGUCCUAAGUAUCAUCCGACCAAGGAAGACAAGAAGAAGAUGAUAUCUCUGCGGUGGAGAAUAUCAUCUUACAGCUUGGGUUCUCGAAGAAUCUAGAUUUUGAAAUUCCCUUGUAUUCAACACUACUUUUCUCCAGACCUCACCUGAGAGGUUCAACUGGAAGACCAUAUAUAGUAAUUACAGUUUUCUUGAUACGUACGUACCCGUUACAACAUGAAAACCUUGGUGGUUUUCGGAUCAUGUAAUGUUAAAUGCGUGUUUUGCUUGUAAUAAAUCCCAUCAAAACCGGAUAUAUACUUAGACGUAGUGUUGCUGUCACAGAAAUUGUAUAGAAAUAUAUACAUAUCCUGAUUGAUUUAUUCAACUUUUGGUUAUGUUUUCUCAAAUGUGA